AUUAACUAAUAAAUUAUAAUUAUUAUUAGACAUUGAACUCCAACCGGUAAAUUAUUUGCUGAUUGUUAUUCGUUAAUGCUAUUAUUCCUACAUAUUUAUAGUACAUAUCAACCGUAAAGCGAUAACUUAAAAACCUACCACUACCUAGAAGUUUUAUUUCGUUUGCUGAUAUGAACAGACUUUUGUCUUGUUAAAUUUAUCAAUCACUAGUCAUUACUCAAUACCUUAAGAUUACACGUACAGUUCUAUAGGUACCAAGUAUUAGUUUAAAUUCCCAUCAGUGAGUUGUACUUACUGCAAUGAAAUUUUUGCUGCGCAGUUAGUUUAAAUAUUUUUAAUAUAAACUGGUUCUUAAAAUUGUACAUCAACUAUGAAUACUAUCAUGAAGAACUUAACUAAUACAGUGUGUUCUUGGCCUCCGGCUUAUGUUAUUGGAGUUACUGCAGCCAUUAGCGUGGCAAAUUAUUAUUAUUUUCUUGCAGUCAAAAAACCCAAACUUUAUUGCAAAGAAGGUAAUUUCAAGAAAUUUGUUCACCAAAAUGUACCGAUUAUCAAAGAAAAAUACUGGCCAAUAAUGUGGUGCUUUGAAGCUCGUUUUCAUAGUGUAUUAGCAAGUUUUAUACGAUCAUUAGUUGUGCCUUCUGUACAAUAUGAAAGAGAAAUACUUAAUCUUAAAGAUGGUGGUCAGGUAGCAUUAGAUUGGUUGGAACCAAGUAAAAAUUCAAAUGCUGAAUAUAAUACAAUUUUGUUUUUGCCUGGAUUGACUGGUGACAGUGAUUGUGAGUAUGUGAGGGCUGUAUCAAUAGCCAUACAAAAAGCUGGAUUUCGCGUAAUGGUCUUCAACUAUAGAGGAAUUGGAGGUGUAGAUUUAAAGACACCAAGAAGUUAUUCUGCAAACAAUAUAGAAGAUCUCACAGAGAUAAUUGAUCAUGUAAAACAGAAGUACCCCAAAUCGGUUUUAGGUGGUUUAGGAAUAUCUAUGGGUGGUCUUAUUUUGGGAAAUUAUCUGCAAUCAAAUGAACAACUAACGCACAAACAUUUCAGUGCAGCAAUGAUUGUUUCGGUACCUUGGAAUUUAAAUUCUACUUCGUCCAAUAUUGAGAAACCAGUCUUAAAUCUAAUGAUAUGUUCUUAUCUGGCAAAUUGUCUUUCAACACAAGUGAAGAAAAAUAGCAAACUCUUAAAUUCUCCAAACCAUAAAUGGAAUUACAACGAAGUAAUUAAGAGUAAAACUAUAAGAGAAUUUGAUAGAAAUUAUACAAUAAAGAUGUUUGGUUACAAUACGGUUGAAGACUACUAUGAUUCUGCUUCAUUACAUGAUAAAAUAGACCGUUUUAAUAUACCAUGUUUGUUCUUGAGUGCUGCUGAUGAUCCUUUUUCUUUAAAACGAGAUAUACCUUUAGAGCUGGCUACAACUACGGAUAACGUAGCAAUUUUGUUGACUGCAAGAGGAGGACAUAUUGGUUUUGUUGAAGGUUUUUGGCCAUUUUCAGAAAAAAGUGAAUUCAUGUUACGGCUUAUCGGUCAAUAUUUUAGCGGCAUUCUCAAAAACGAUAAUUAUAAACAAUUUUCUAGUUGAUUAUCUGUCAAUUUUUACUUUUAGUGUUCAUGAGGGUUGGGAUCUUAAUUUUUUUCUACUUAGUUAACUCGUAUAAAUUAUGUGGUGUAAUAGUUUAUAUAUAUUUAAUAGGAAAACUUUAGACUGACUGGCGUGAUUAAAGACAGUUUUGUGUUUGUACUAAAUUAUUAAUAUUGUUUAUAAUUAUUAUAGAUAAAAAUAAUUUUAUUAUUAAAAUUUGUGAUACAGAACAAAAUUGGUUAUAGUUUUAAUUUAUUUUGAAAUAUAGUACAUACUAUUGA